AUGGUUGUCGACCAGACCCCCGCUGCUCCCUCACCCCGCAGCGUCAAGCCCGCUGGUUCCGCCCGGUCACGGUCGCUCGAUGGGUGCGAGACCUGCCGACGCCGACACGCCAAAUGCGACGAGACUCGACCGUCCUGUCGCAUGUGCGAGCGAGCGGGUCUCGUCUGCGAGCAGUAUGGCAUACGGCUUGUGUUUGACUCCGGGGAGAGUCACGGCUCGCGAUGUCGACGGCCACUGUUCACCGAAGACUGCCGCCAGCAGAUGAGCGAGCAGCUGGUGGCCAGUCUCAAUCCGGACAAUGUCAACACCGUGCUGUCGCGAUUAGACGGGGAUUGUGAGUCCAGAGAACAGGCCAGUGAUCAUCGGAGCUUUAGCGCCUGCUUGGGGCCCUUUGGCGCGUUCCGGAUCAUCCACCCAGAGCCCGAGCCCGGUCUCGUAUCGACCGACAAUCUCGCAGUGAACUCAGCGCCACCAAUACUUGACGAGAACCCCGAAAGUGGACUGGAUCUGGCGCUGGAGGAUGCCUUUGCCAGUGAUCCUCUGCUUGACUGUCUUUUCGGCAAUCUCGACGUCGAGGGCUUGGGUGAUUUCUCGACGCAGAACUUCUUCUAUGCCGCCAUGCCAGUGGCCGAAGGCGAGGGAUUCUCCUCCCCCUCGCCGUCUCUCGCCAGCAGCUUGCUGCUAGGGCCGUCGACCUCCUCCUCCUUACAACUAUCAUCCCCUUUUCUGUCCGCGCCCAGCCUGCAGUCCGCGCCAGCCGUCACGAAUCGCGCACCACCGGACGCCCCCUUCCUGUUGUCGGUGUACAAGCACGAGGUGGUACCCUUAUUCUCGCCCAUCCAGUCACGCAAAAACCCCUGGGAGACGCUGUUCGUGUCGAGCGCGAUGGAGACCCUCGCGCGACUGACCAUGGGGGAGACGGUGGCGGCGACGCAGAUGGCCAUCUUCAGCGCCAUUCUCGCCACGGGGGCCUUCGCCCAGCGCGGAGCCUCCGCCACGCGCAGCUCCGCCAACCACUGGGGCGGCCAGGCCGAAGCCCUCGCAACCGAGGCGCAGAGCCACCUCCAGCGGGCGCUGAAGGACGCCUCGUCGAGGGUCAAAAAAGUGAAAUACAAGGACAUCCUCAUCGCCCUGCUAUGCAUCCACACCGUCUCCGCCUGCCAAGGCAGCGCAGAACGGGUCCGCCGCUGCCUCCUCGACUGCGAGAACUGGGUCCGCUGGCGCGGCCUCCCCAAGCCCCGCAAGUCCCGCAAAGUCCGUCUCCUGCACCACUGCUACGUCUACCUGCGCAUCUUCCACGAAAGCACCUCGGUGCUGCCCGCGGGGCCCCCGGACCGGGAGUGCGACCCCGCCUCCCCCGCGGCCGUCGGGGGGUCCCUGGCCGCCAGCCGAGCGUUCCGCCUCCGCCAGUGGGAGGGGCGACUCGAUCAGCGCAUGGAGGAGCUCAAGGAGCCGCACCAGGGCGAGAACGACCUGCAUCUGGAGAUUCCCGGCCGGUGGGAGUCGACGAUGUACCCGCAGGUCUUUGGGCUGCCGGAGCCGCCCUUGUUUCUGCUCUCGCAGGUGACUCGGUUGGCGAACGAGCGGGAUCUCGCGGCUGCCGGGAGCGGCAGUCCCUUGGAUUUCCAGCAGUUUCACCUGCGAGCGAGGAGUCUGGAGCGGUGUAUUGCGGCGUGGCGUCCGCCGCCUCCGCUGGGGGUGUCUGGGGACGACGCGGGCGCGGAUGAGGACGAGCGGGAGAAUGCCCGCCGCAGCGUCCAGCUCAGCACGCUCCUGCAUCCGGCCCUGCUGCUCUUCUUCUAUCGGCGCGUCUAUGAUAUCGACCCGACCAUCCUCCAGGCGCAGGCGCGGCAGGUCCGCGACGCGCUGGCCGACGCCGCCGAGGUGACCGCUCCGGUCGUGUGGGCGGCGUUUCUCGCGGCGUGCGAGGCCCUGGAUCCCGCGCUGCAGAGCUGGUUUGCGCGCUGGUUCGAGGCGGCGGCGCAGCGGUGCGGUGUUGGGGGGGUGGCGCAUGCCCUCACAGUGGUCCGGUUGGUGUGGGAGCGCCAGCGCCAGAGGACCGGCAAUGCCAGCUGGCCGCAGGUGUUGCGCGAGGAGGGGAUUAGUUUAUACUACAUCUAG